CAUCGUCGCGCCUCAUUUAUACCUCUACAUCGGGAGCCUUUUCAUUUUGCAGUAUUUCCUAGUCCUCGUAUUUCUGAAGUAUUCUCUUAUCGACAAAAUGGUUGCUCCCGCCAUCAGGGUAGCUCCCUCGGCUGCCAAUAGAGCCCUCUCCCUGCUACGCACAGUGCAAUUUACUCAUCCUCCCAAUUGCCCCUGCCACGGCAAUCCAGACCACCAUCACCACCAUCAACGCCAUCAGAUCAACCUCGCCAACAAUGUCCGUCGACACAUGGCCACUCCGACGGACCCAGGCCGCCAGAAGGAGUAUGCUUUUGAGAUGGCCGCGUCCAGUAUACGCUUUGGACCAGGAGCUACCAAAGAAGUCGGCAUGGACUUUAAGAAUCUGGGCGCCAAGCGGGUUUGUGUAGUGACAGACUCGAAUGUAGCCAAAUUAGAUGCCAUGAAACAGGUUGUUGAAGGGCUGUCACAAGAAGGAGUUGAAUUCACUAUCUUUGAUAAGGUUCGAGUUGAGCCCAAGGACAGCUCGAUCAAAGAAGCCAUUGCCUUUGCUAAGCCAUAUCGCCCCGAUGCAUUUCUCGCUGUUGGCGGUGGUUCGGUGAUCGAUACCGCCAAAUUGAUGAACCUCUACACUGUCUUUGCCGAUGCUGAGUUUUUGGACUUUGUUAACGCACCUCUCGGCAAGGGGCUCCCAAUCACCAAGCCAUUGAAGCCAUUGAUCGCCGUCCCCACCACCGCUGGUACUGGAUCCGAAACCACCGGCACAGCAAUCUUCGACUUGGUGUCCAAGAAGGCCAAAACUGGCGUUGCACACCGUAAUCUCAAGCCCACGCUUGGCAUCUGUGACCCAAUCAACACGCGCACAAUGCCCAGCGCCGUCCACGCCUCUUCUGGUCUCGACGUGCUCUGCCACUCGCUCGAGUCCUGGACUGCCAUCCCCUAUCAUGAGCGCACCCCUCGUCCCACAAACCCCAUCAACCGCCCAGCAUAUCAAGGCGCAAACCCAAUCUCCGAUAUCUUCUCUCUCAACGCCCUCCGCAGCACCGUCAAAUACCUGCCCCGCGCUGUCCGGGACCCGGAUGACUUCGAAGCCCAGUCUCAAAUGCUCCUCGCCGCCACCCUCGCCGGCGUCGGGUUCGGCAAUGCCGGCGUUCAUCUAUGCCACGGGAUGAGUUACCCAGUAUCCGGGCAGAACCCGGGCUACAAGCACGCCGGCUAUGAAGUCGACCACCCGAUUAUCCCACACGGAGUCUCGGUCGCGGUGACUGCACCAGCCGUCUUCCGUUUUACAGCCGCGUCGAAUCCAGACCGCCAUCUCCAAGCCGCCGAGGCCUUUGGCAUCGACAUUUCCAACGUCAAGCGCGAGAGCGCAGGCGAGGUUCUCGGUGAAGCUAUCAGUGAAUUCUUGAUCAAGCUCGGCGAUCAGCCUAGAGGGCUGAAGGAUUUGGGCUUCAAGACCUCUGAUAUCGACGGAUUGGUUGAAGGCACGAUUCCGCAGAGGCGCGUGCUCAUGUUGGCGCCUAACUUGAGCGAGGAAUUGAACGCCGAGAAAGAGGAGUUGAGGACGUUGUUUGAAAACUCAAUGGAGUACUAACAUAUACAUUAGGUGAUCGAUUGAAAUCGAGUACGGGGUAAGUGUCAUAUAUAAGUGCGUUCGUAUGUAUGUUGUUUAUACCAUGCAUAUUCGAAGUGAAUAUUCCUGCUUGUAUGUACAUAGAUAGAUUGUCUGGCAACAUAUACCAAUAUAGACUGGUACAAAGAUCAAUCAAUCUGUCAGUCUGUCAAUCAACCAGAAUGCACGACGCGAACUAUCUGCUGAAUUCAGAACAUAGCCAUUUCAUAACUUUACAUUCAUCAAUUCAUAACCGUAUCAUCCAAUCCCAGACUCCAGCACGAUAUAUACCAUUAAACCAUUCCUCGAUGGUAAAUUAUUCACAAGUAGAGUAGAAAAAGAGAAAAGUAGACCCAGGGGGGGGGGGGG